ACCUUCUCUCUUAGAGACAAAUUCAUACCGGUGACCUCUCGGGCUUCCUGCACCUCUUUCAGCCCAACCUCCCCACCCACCUGAUCAGCCUCACUCGGAAACUGGGGCCCAUCUACCGGCUGCACUAUGGGCUGAGAGACGUGGUGGUGCUGAACUCCAAGCAGUCCAUCGAGGAGGCCAUGCUGCGGAAGUGGGUGGACUUCGCGGGCAGACCCCAGAUGCUGUCCUGCAAGCUGGUGUGUCAGCGCUACCCGGACCUGUCGCUGGGUGACUACUCCCUGCUCUGGAAGGCACACAAGAAGCUCACCCGCUUGGCCCUCCUGCGGGGCAUCCGCAACUCCAUGGAGCUCCGGGUGCAGCAGCUGACCCAGGAGUUCUGCGAGCGCCUGCGAGCCCAGGCCGGAGGCCCCCUGGACCUCCACAAGGAGUUCAUGCUCCUCACCUGUAGCAUCAUCUGCUUCCUCACCUUUGGAAACAAGAGCGACACCUUGGUGCGGAGCAUUUGCAGCUGCGUCCAGGACUUGAUGAGUGCCUGGGACCACUGGUCCAUCCAAAUCCUGGACAUGGCCCCCUUUCUCAGGUUCCUCCCCAACCCGGGCAUCUGGAGGCUGAAGCAGAUAGUGGAGACCAGGGACCACAUCGUGGAGCAGCAGCUGAGGCAGCACAAGGUGAGGGCUGCGUCGGAUGGGGAUCCUGGGCCCUGCGGCCGGAGAGGUGAGGCGGCCCCCCCAGCGCCCUGGCCCUGGCCCGCUGCCCUCCCCUUACAGGACAGCCUGGUGGCCGGGCAGUGGAGGGACAUGCUGGACUACAUGCUCCAAGGGGUGGAGCGGCCCGGGAAGGAGCCUGGCUCCGAGCAGCUCCAGGAGGGACACGUGCACAUGUCCGUGGUAGACCUCUUCAUCGGCGGCACUGAGACCACGGCCACCACCCUCUCCUGGGCCGUGGCUUUCCUGCUGCACCACCCUGAGAUCCAGCAACGUCUCCAAGAGGAGCUGGACCUGCAGCUGGGUCCUGAUUUCCCCACCUCCCGGCUGCUGUACAAAGACCUCAAGCGCCUGCCCUUGCUCAGCGCCACCAUCGCCGAGGUGCUGCGCCUGCGGCCUGUGGUGCCCUUGGCCCUGCCGCACCGAACCAUCCAGCCCAGCAGAAUAUGCGGCUACGACAUCCCCAAAGACACCAUCAUCAUUCCUAACAUCCAAGGCGCCAACCUGGACGAGACGGUGUGGGAACGGCCCCAUGAGUUCUGGCCUGACCGCUUCCUGCAGCCGGGCCAGAGUCCCCGCGAGCUGUCCUUCAGCUGUGGGGCACGCGUGUGCCUCGGCGAGCCGCUGGCGCGCCUGGAGCUCUUUGUGGUGCUGACCCACCUGCUCCAGGCCUUCACGCUGCUGCCGCUGGAGGGCGCCCUGCCCUCCCUGCAGCCUGAGCCCCACAGAAGUGUCAACCUGCACAUACAGCCUUUUCAGGUGCGGCUGCAGCCCCGGGGUCUGGGGGCCCCGUGCCUGGGCCAGGGCCAGUGCCAGUGACGGG